ACAGAAUCCCAUUUUCGUCAACAUCUUUUUCUGAAGACAAUCUAACUUGAGAAAAAGAAGACGCAGCAAUGAGUCUCUCUGAUAAGGACAAGGCUGCUGUGAAGGCCCUGUGGGCUAAGAUCAGCUCCAAGGCCGAUGAAAUCGGCGCUGAAGCCCUCGGCAGGAUGCUGACCGUCUACCCUCAGACCAAGACCUACUUCUCUCACUGGGCUGACCUGAGUCCUGGGUCCGCUCCCGUGAAGAAGCACGGCAAGGUUAUCAUGGGCGCAGUCGGCGAAGCCAUUUCAAAAAUAGACGACCUUGUGGGAGGCCUGGCCCCCCUGAGCGAACUUCACGCUUUCAAGCUGCGUGUGGACCCGGCCAACUUCAAGAUCCUCUCACACAAUGUCAUCGUGGUCAUCGGCAUGCUCUUCCCCGGAGACUUCACCCCAGAGGUUCACGUGUCAGUCGACAAGUUUUUUCAGAACUUGGCCCUGGCUCUCGCCGAGAGGUACCGCUAAACGUCCGGCGGGCAUCCAUGCGCGACACUGUGCGGCAGCCCUGAACCAGCUCAAGCGUGAUGUCUGAAUAACAUUUCUCAAUAAAAAGGCACAGAAUUAAACGA